AUGUCAAACGCAAUUGGAGCUGUAGACCACAAAAUGAAGGACCAGGAGCCAUUGAGAGAGGCGAGACAACAGUUGGAUUGGCUUGUAGAAAACUUAAGCGUCGCAUUGGGCAUACAACCCAAUAAAAACUUUAACAGGCAACAGCUUGUUAACGUUGUCGUUGGGUUAAAGGCCCAAUGUGACGAAGCCAGGUAUGUUCUGCAAAGCAAUCGAGCCAUAGAUGAUGUGCUUCAAGAACGAGACCAAAUUAAAGACCAAUUAAAAGGACUUCAAUCAAAUUUGGCACAUGUCAAGAACGACAACAAAAAACUUGUGGACAAAAAUCAAAGUCUUAAAAUGACACUGGUGACUAUCAAGCGCAAACGCAAUGUACAAGGCCAGCUAAAAAUGAAAAGACUGCGCAUGAAAAAUGCUAAAGUCCAGAAAAAAAACGCAAUGCUGAACAAAGAACUGCAGGUGGUCAAGGCCGGUUUAACUGGCAUCGUUGCAAAAGCGGCACAAUGCCAAUCAAUCAUGACCGACCACAGUGUACUUGCACUUAAACUUGAACGCGACAUUGCGAACAUGGUCAAGGACGAUAUGGCCAAAGAAGAAGAGAUCGCUGAGCUUAAAGCCAACUUGAGAGCUAAGUCUCACGUGGUUAGAGCCGUUCAAGCUAUAUCCGAACACCACUUAGGCAAAGCAGCCGGUCGGAUAGAAGAAUUGGAAGCUGAACUAGCCAUCGUAGGGCGAAGUAUGAAAAAGGUGAAUAUAAAUGAUCUGCUUCAAGAACGAGACCAAAUAAAAGACCAAUUAAAAGCACUAGAAUCGAAUUUGGCCCAUGUCAAGAACGGCAACAAAAAACUUGUGGACAAAAAUCAAUGUCUUAAAAUGACACUGGUGACUAUCAAGCGCAAACGCAAUGUACAAGGCCAGCUAAAAAUGAAAAGACUGCGCAUGAAAAAUGCUAAAGUCCAGAAAAAAAACGCAAUGCUGAACAAAGAACUGCAGGUGGUCAAGGCCGGUUUAACUGGCAUCGUUGCAAAAGCUGCACAAUGCCAAUCAAUCAUGACCGACCACAGUGGACUUGCACUUAAACUUGAACGCGACAUUGCGAACAUGGUCAAGGACGAUAUGGCCAAAGAAGAAGAGAUCGCUGAGCUUAAAGCCAACUUGAGAGCUAAGUCUCACGUGGUUAGAGCCGUUCAAGCUAUAUCCGAACACCACUUAGGCAAAGCAGCCGGUCGGAUAGAAGAAUUGCAACUAGCCCGAACGAAUAUGGCCAAAGAAGAGGAGAUGGCCGAGCUUAAAGCCAACUUGAGAGCCAAGUCUCACGUGGUCAGAGCCGUUCUGGCUAUAUCCGAACACCACUUAGUCAAAGCAACCGGUCGGAUAGAAGAAUUGGAAGCUAAACUAGCCAUCGUAGAGCGAGCGAUGGAAUUAGCUUUUCCAAGCCGUCAGUGUAAGAACGCCCAGAAGCAUUGCCGUUUGCCAAAUUUCAUCAUCUAA